GUCUGCUAGCUUUGUUUCUCUCAUUCACAUUCAUGGGUUCUGGGCUUCCAGAUCUUGGAUAAUAUUCUGUACCAACUGCGUCUGGAAGGGAGCUACAGCAAUUUUGGUCUGGGGCAUGGAACCUCUGUGUGAGUUUUGUUGGGCUGUGAUAGCUGUGGUUUAUUGCAAGUCAGAUUGUGCUCGUCUCUGCUUGCAUUGCGAUGGCUGUGUGCACUCCGCAAAUUCUCUGUCUCGCAGGCAUUCGCGUUCUCUCCUUUGUGAUAAGUGCUAUUCCCAGCCAGCAGUGAUACGUUGCAUGGAUCAUAAGUUGUCCUCGUGUCAAAGUUGUGACUGGAACCCGACUGCUUGUUUUGCAGCGGGACAUAGGCGCCUCACGUUGAAUUGUUACAAUGGUUGUCCUUCUUUGUCUGAGUUUUCUAGGAUGUGGUCCUUUGUGUUUGAUGAUAGUUCCUCACAAGCUGGUUGGGAAUCUGUUAGCACUUUGCCAAAAAGUGAUAGCUGCACUAGCCUGGAGCAACCUGAUCACAAUGGUGGUUCCUUUAGUUUGGUGAUUGAGAAGUUGGAUGAAAUUGAAUCUUGUGUCAGAUAUGAACCUUGGAUGGGGCAACCUCACAUCAUUCCUUCAAAUCCAAAUUACACACCGUACUGCAAGGAAGAAGGAUUUUUCCUAGCUCAGGACUCAAACCAGCCAAAGACGCAGGAGUGUACUGAUCGAGGAACUGGUGAUGGGAAUGGACUCUCUGAAGGUCUCAAUGUGGACAGAGCUCCAAUAAAUUUUGAAAGUGCUGAAGAAAUAUUUGGCUGUUCACAAGCUGCCACUAGAUACCCUCUUGAAGAUGGAGGAGUGGACUGUCUAUUGAUGGAUAAAAAAUUAUCAGUCACCGAAUCUAGUUCACUUAUUGAGAGUGCCUUAGAGGCAUCAUCAUCAAUUCAACAAGAUUGUGUGGCUUUUCAGUCAUCUAGGACACCUGGAUCAGUUAGUAUGUUGCAGGUUAUGAACAGUAACACAAACUGUGCACUUAUGAAUCCUAGCAGCACUGGAAACAUCAGUCUGGGAUUUCCUCAGGGUCAAGUUCAUUCAAGCAUACCUCUUCAAUUAGGCAACAUUGUGGGUGAAAAUAGUUCUACUGAAUAUCAAGACUGCGGGAUGUCGCCAAUGUUUCUGCCGGGUGAAAUCCCCCGGGAAUCAAAUUUGGAGGGUACAUGCCCACAAGCAAGGGAUAAGGCUAAAAUGAGAUACAAUGAGAAAAAGAAAACUCGAACGUUUGGUAAGCAAAUAAGAUAUGCAUCUCGGAAAGCAAGGGCCGAUACUAGAAAACGUGUGAAAGGUAGAUUUGUUAAAGCAGGCGAAGCAUAUGAUUAUGACCCUCUUGUGACAAGGGAGGUCUAAGAAUAUUAUCUGCAUGAAAGAUAUGCUUUUUCUGACUGGUUAGUCUGUCAUUGGACGUUGUAAGUACAUUGCAUUCUUUUCAAGGGAUGUUUUGUUUAUAACCUGAAAGCAGAUAGAUAAUUAUUCAAAACUUGACUGCUUGGGUGAUUGAUACAGAUUUAUUAGAGAUUUUAACAGGUUAGUAUUUAGAAGAUAAAAAAGAUAUGUAAUUGGGAAUUUCACAGGAAGGGAUUGACAUUGCAUUUAAUUAUACAUAGGAACAAAGAAGAGCCCAACGUUUGAACAGAUUUCAAAAACAGCAUCACGGUCACUAUGAAUUCAGAUAAACACACGGGGCCUACAUUUGCUUCCUUGCUUUAAGAGGAGAUGUACAUAGUUAUCCACACCUGAAUUUGAAAGGUGAGACACUGUUAUGUGUAAACACCGUCUAGAAUAAAAGGAAAACUGGUGUUUGGCAAGCAACUAUAGUCAACCUCGCAUUGAAAGGUGAGACACUGUUAUGUGCAAACACCGUCUAGAAUAAAA